GCCAACCCUGUCCCAGCGGAUUAGCCCAAUGAACCAUGCCACUCACCAAAGAGCCACCCUCAUGGGUCCAGUUGCAGAACAAGACCAUGAUCCGCUGGAUCAACCUGAAAAUCGCGCACCUGGCGCCUGAAACCCCCCAGCUUGCCUCUGCUCCCACCUCCAUCACCUCGUGGUCUGACCUCCAGGACGGUCUCGUACUCAUCCGCCUCGUUAACCAGAUGAUCUUCGAGGUGCUCGCCAGUCCCAGACACCCCAUGCACCGCACCCAGCUCUACUACCUCAAGCCGUUAUACCCCAAGCCGAAGUUCCGGCUCCACAAGCUUGAGAACCUCGUGGACGUGUUGCAGUUUGUCAAGAUGAUCCUUAACAUCAACGUCAGUGGCAUCAGCGCUGACAACAUCUACGACGGCGACCACAAGCUCAUUCUCGGCUUCGUGUGGUCGCUCUUCCUCUUCGACUCUGCUGGGUCUUUCGCGUCCUCCUCGUCGAGCUCCGCCAGCCCUCCGUCGUUGGUGGAGAUCAAGGCCAUUUUGCUCGCGUGGAUCAAUCGCGCAGUGGCGCGUCGCGGCUUGGAAAUCUCCAACUUCAACAAGGACUGGUCGGUGGAAAUCAACCGUCCCGACUUGGUGUUGGCAGCCGUGCUCCAGCACUACAACCUCGGCGUGGGCAACCUCGACCCCCACAAGAAGCUCCACAAUUUGGCUGCCGUGUUGGCGUACGCUGAAGACGCAUUGGCGGUGCCACACCUCAUCGACAUCGACGACUUCCAGAUGUUGGUGCCGGACGAAAAGUGCAUCGUGAGCUACCUCAUCGAGUGGUUCAAGGUGUUGGAGCUCGGUGGAGUGCCGGAAGCCACUUCAUCCUCCAUUUCCACCGCUACCACCGCCACCUCCUUCGACGCGGUGGUCCUCUGCGUGGCUGAUACCGUGCGGCGCAAGAACCGCUACGAGACCCUCGGGUUGCGGUUCAAGAACCGCGCCAACCGUGUGGUGGCCCAGGUGUCUGCCGACUUGGCAACACUUGCCUACCUCGCCGAGCUGGGCCUGCUUGAAGCUGAGAUCCGCCAGGUGGUGCAGGCACCUGGCUACGCCAAUUUCGCUGGCUUGAACGCCCGUCUCGACUCGCUACUCACCACGCUCGCGACCUACACCACCGCGCGCGCGGGCCUGGUACCGGAAUUGGCGUACCACAACUACCCCGAGCUCCUCCACCACUACUGCGCCGUUAAGGCCAGUUUGGACGAAAUGGGAUUGGUGUACUGUCCCAGCAUCAAGCAGCUCGGCGUGGACCUGCUCUCGCGCAAGCUCGACCAGCUUCUUGAGCUCGACUCGUCCAUGGUGGCGGUCUCCUCCAAGUUGAUUCUGGCAGUGGCUGCAACUGUCGCACUGGCACUUGCGACACCUCUAGCGGGAACUUCCGGCGCAGGCGCCUCCUCCUCGCACGAGCUCGCACAGCUCCAGUACGUUCGCAACCAGUUACUUGCCUACGGCGAUGCCCUCGCUAGCGACAUGCGGUGCGAGCCCACCGACGAGUCCUCCUCCAUGCCAUCGUCCUGGAACUUGACCCCAGCGGUGUUCGACCAGUUCGCAGCCCAUCUCGCGGCAGUGCCAACCUCAGCCUCCCACCACGACGUGCUGAAGGUGCUCAGGGCCAUGGUAUCCAGUGAAGUGGCCCCAGCCACCAUUGAUGCAUUCAUGCGACUCAUACCCACUAAGUCGCGCGCUCUGUUGUCUGCGUCCUCCAGCUCCAACUCCAUCAGCGACUGCGACUUCACCCUCAACACAUCCACGUCGUCCACCACCUCGUUGUCGGACGAGGACGACUUUCUCUUUGACGAGGUCCAGCAGAAGCUCGACUCUCAAUUGUCUGGCACUGGCGACAGGGUCUACGACGUGCACGAGUUCAUGGCCAAGCUCGAAAAUGGCUUUAAUAUAUAGAGUAGAUCUCUUUCAAUUCUUUGGGUAUUUAAUGAACGGUUAUGGAACAGUAGCGAGUAGGGGUUAGAAUCGAUGUAGUGGGGUUAUUACCGAUAAUAGGAAAGACCGAUUUUUCAAUGAUGUUUAUGAAUAUUCGGGCAACUAAUUUUAUUU